GGGAGGGGGAGGGGAGGGCAGAGGGAAGGUAGUGACACGUGUCAAUCAACCCCCCCCCCCUCCGGGGGGCGCGCGCUCCGGGGCUCGCGCCGAGGGCUCGCGCCCCUGCCUCGUGCCUGCGCCGCUCGUAUGUAAAUGAGGGCGCGUGACGCGGGACGCAGAUGGACAAGGGAAGAGAGAGAAUGGCCGCUGCCGCCGCUGCUGCCGCCGCCGCCGCCGCCGCUGCCGCUCAGUGCCGGAGCCCUCGGUGCGCGGCGGAGAGGAGAGGAUUCCGGCGGGAACUCGACUCUUGGCGCCACCGCCUCAUGCACUGUGUAGGUUUUGAGAGUAUUUUAGAAGGGCUUUAUGGACCACGGCUACGAAGAGACCUCAGUUUAUUUGAAGACUGUGAACCAGAAGAGCUGACUGACUGGUCUAUGGAUGAAAAAUGUUCAUUUUGUAACCUACAGAGAGAAGCAGUCAGUGAUUGUAUACCAUCUCUUGAUUCUUCACAGUCAACGCCAACAGAGGAGCUAUCAUCUCAGGGCCAGUCCCACACUGAUAAGAUUGAAUGCCAAGCAGAAAAUUACCUAAAUGCACUCUUUCGAAAGAAAGAUCUUCCUCAGAACUGUGAUCCUAACAUUCCCUUAGUUGCUCAGGAAUUAAUGAAAAAGAUGAUUCGUCAGUUUGCCAUUGAGUACAUUUCAAAAAGUGGUAAAAUUCAAGAAACUAGAAAUGGUUCGAUUGGAGCAAGUCUCGUAUAUAAAAGUAUCCAAAUGAACCCAGAGAACUGCCUUCAGGAUGAGCAGGAAGGCCCCUUAGACCUCACUGUGACUCGAAUGCAAGAGCAAACUGCUCAGCAAGGGGAUGGAGUGUUAGAUCUCUCUACAAAGAAAACCAGCAUAAAAUCUGAAGAAUCGUCCAUAUGUGAUCCUUCUUCUGAAAAUGCAGUUGCUGGUUCAACUGUUGAUGCAAAAUCAGAGGAAGCUACUAAAAUGGAAAAAGGAAACUCAGCAUUAAGCAAAGUUUUGGAAUCUUUGUGCAUACAUCACCAUCAACAAGUUUUGGCUAUGUUGAAAUUUCUAGUCCAAGAGCAGAAUGCUGCUUCUAUUUGCUGUUGUAAUUCAUCAUGUACUGUGUCUUCAGAAUCUCAAAAACCCCUAUUGGAAGAUGAUUUACAUGGUCUGUUCUGUAGCUGUGAAUAUAGACUGGCAGAAAGAGAUUGUUUACACAAUGAGAGACAAAGCCCUGGUUUGGUGCCUCUGCCAGUCUGUAUUAAAGAAUUUCAUUGUUUGUCUUGUCAAACUGUAACUGUUGAACACAUUAAGACAGUAAUGAAUAGAGGUACUGAAAACAGUUAUAAUCCACACAGGUGCUGUUGUGGACAGUUAGCAAAGAAUCACUCUGCAAAAUCAGCCUUUCAUAGUCCUCCUUUGUCGAGACAAGUUUGUGAUCUUUCAGUCAGUCUUAAAGAUGCCUGUAGAUCUCGAAGUCCCUCACCCCCACCAUUAUCACCUGUGGAGACUGGAGGAUUUGAAAAGUGGAAAGACAUCGUCUCCGAGCUUUCAUCCUUAGAAAGUAACAAACUUGAGACAAGCAUUAACCAACCUCCAUCUCUCAUACCAGCCGAGAUAAGCAUUCACAGAUGUGGCCAUGACAGCAAAAUAAAUAAAACUAAGAAGUCCAGUAACUCUGAUUCUGUGCUCUUGGAUGCCAGCAGUAAUGAUACCACAAAUCAUGAAAAGGGUGAAACAGCUGUAAUUUUUCAAGAUUUAAUGGAUCGGAUUAAUGAAAAAUUAAAAUCAAUAGAAACCACAGAUACAUCAAACCUCAUAAAAUUAUCUAGCACUGAUUGUGAUUCAGAUAGUGAUUUUAAAUUGGGAGAUUUAAUAACAUCUCUUUUGCACAGUGCAACAGCCAGUGAUUAUAGUUUUAUGGAAUUACUGAGUCAACAUGAUAAAAAGGUAGAAAAUAAAAUUAUUCAGACAAGAUUUCGAAAACGUCAACAAACCUUAUUUGCAAUGCACAACUCUCCUGAUUCACCUGUGAUCAGAAGGCAGUCUUUACAGAUAAAAAGAGAGCUUGCUAGUCUUGAUGAAAAUUUUCUGAGAAAAAGGUACAGUGAAAAAAAUUCAAGAAAAUUGUCAUGCAAUGAUAAGAUGCUUUUACUGAACAAAGAAUUCCAGCCUUGUCAAGAACCUUUAAAAAAUUCUAAGAGCUUUCAAGAUGAAAAUCAUGCAGAAACACAAUCUUCACCAAAUGAUGUAGCACCUCUUGAGAGUUUUGACACUAACACGACUUUUGAUCAAUUUUCAGAAAACUUUAAAGCAACUUCAUCUGAGAAAAUGAGCCAGAGAAAAUCACUAGAGAAAUGUACAGCUGAAAAACUAAUUGUACAAAAUAACAGGGAAAAAGCAAAAGUAGAAAAUACUCAAACACUUUUGAGAACUGAUGCUCCUGGUCUUUUGAGCAGAACUAAACGAAAUAUUGUGCCACCAGGGUGGUAUUCUAUAUAUGUAACAAACAAUUCUGUUUCCAAAAAAAUCCUCGAGGGCAGAAGAGUAUCAGACUCUGCUCACAGCAAAGAUCCAGUCAGAGAUGCAACCGAAAGUCUCCAAAAUAGAGACUUAAACAAAAUUGCAAUGAAUUCUAACUUGCAAGUUGUUGUGGAGCGUUUGGAAGACACAAUAAAUAUGGCUCAGAGGUCUUGGACUAAUCAAGCACUGUCUGAAGGAUGUAAAGCCUCCAAGAAAUUGAUAGAAACAGAUGGUAAAGACCAAAAUGCUGGGACAGAUUUGACUUGUACUUUAAGCAGAAUGGCUUGUAAAAAUCAGGAUUUAUCAAAAUCUGUAAUAGCAUCUAGCAAUAAAAGAAGUUAUGGGAUGCCUGUAAUGAAUUUGAACAAGAGACUUGAUAAUGCAAAGACAGCACCCAGUGUUGAAAGUGUGCCAACAAAAUGUGAAGGAACUGAAAGUUCUGUUUCUAACUAUUCUAGUCCUAUCAAACUCAUGUUUUUAUCGGAGAUUAAAAGCAGUGAAGGAGUCAAAUACACUUUAACUUCAGUCAGCACAUCCCAGUCAAAUGCUGAGUUUGCUUCUCACAAACAUAAAACCCAUCAAGUAAUUGGAAGGAAAAGAGAAGCAAAGGAAGACAUACCAAAUACUAGCUUUGAAGAUUAUAGUUCUAAUCAUGAUAUUAACUGCCUUCAAAUCAAAUUAAACAAAUUUAACUGUGUACAAGAGGCUACACCAUCAUCUGCAGAGUUUACUGACAGUUUAAACAGUGAUAAGCCACAAGAAGACUCUGAGGGAAAGUCAAGUGGUGCUAUUGAUUUACCAUAUAAAAGAAAGCCAGGUAGGCCUAAAAAAAUUGGCCCCCAAGUUGUGAAACAGAUUAAACGGCCAAUUGGAAGACCACCCAAACCUAAAGCUGGUCUAACAGAUGUCAGUGUUGGCCAAAAUGAGUCUUUUAGUUCUGGGAAGAAAAGUCCAGAAUCUCUAUCAGAAGUAAAAGAAGGCAUUUAUGGAAAGAGUAUUAUUGUCACUGUUGUUUAUGGAAGGUCAAGAAGAACCAAGAGAUGUGUUUCUGAAGGAAGCAUGAAUAUCAGUAACAUCUCACUGAACCAUGAUGUCGCUGACUUUGCAGUGAACUCUAGUAGCCUCAGAAAUACUGGAGAAUAUGAGACUGGCUCUGGUGAAAGUCUAAGUGCUGUGUCAAGAUUGACAACUGAAAGUAAGGUUUUCCAUUCUGACUUUGAAUAUGUCAGACCCAUCAAGAGCAAGUCUGUGAUCCUUCAGGCUUCCAAGAACAUUAUUCAACCAAAUCAAAAGCCUUUGUCAAUUGUUAGGAAGCCUGGUAGACCUGCAAAAGUGAAAAUCUCUGGUAUAUCUGUGACUGUUAGUAGAAUUUCACCUCAGGAAAGAGAAGUAUGUCUUAGUAGCUGCUUGCCUCCUUUAGAACAGGAGUCUGUGUUAGAGAAAUGCCAAGAAGAAAAGCUUGACCAACAGUGCAACAGUAAGGUAGAUAAGAUCAGGCACACCAAUGUUGACAUAUUUAAGAAUGAACCAAAUAGUAAUACUAUUGCUUCUAUACCUCCAAAACAUUCGAUUAGGUCUAGAAAACCUUUGCAUUUCUUACAUUCACUUGCAUCUUCUGGCUCUCUUACUUAUAAAAAUGCUCUGCGUCAUAAAUCAUGUAAACUCCAUUUGCAGAAAUGCAAAAGUCCAAGGAAAAAAUAUAGGCAGUCAAGUUUUAAACUAGCUUCCAAAGGUAUUCCAGGAUCUAGACGUUCAAGGAAAGCAGAAAAAUGUUUGGAAGGUAAAAAAUUAAUGCCCAUUUCUGAAGUAUCCUUGGACCCUGUUAUUUCAUCCAAUCCUUUACUCAGGUGGUGGACUACUUCUGUUUCAGAUGAUUCCUUAUUAGAGGAGUUGAACAAUAGAUUUGAACAGAUAACAAACGCGUGGGUGCAGGUGAACAGAGAUGAAGCUCAGACUUCUGUCCACGUAGCAGAACACACUGAAGGUGCUGGUUUCAAAGCAGCAAACCCUCUGGAAACCCGUCUUCUAGAACUUGAAGUCUCCCCUGUCAAAAUGCUCUUUCAGAAAAAGUAUAAUUUGAAUGAACUUUGUACCUGGUUUAUGCAAACAACAGAAACACAGUCCCUUUCACUCGUUAGAAAAGCAAAUGCUCGAAACCCUUUGGAAGUGAUAAAUACCAAGAGCAUUAAGUUAGGGAUGAAAUGCUGUGGGUUUAAUGCUAGCCCCUUCAGGAAGCACUUUAAAAAAUUUGCAGUCUCCUCUCCUUCAAAGUCAGCAGGGAAGUUCCACAUACUUCAUAAAAUGAUUGGCUCACCACUCUUAAAUGUGAAAAGAAAUUUCACACUAGCUAGGUUGAAAAGGACUGAGUUUAAGAGUUUGCACUGUGAAAGGUGGAGAAGAGAGGAAAAGCCACACAGUCACAGAACAGUUGAUUGGAACUCAAAAAGAAGGAACUUAAGAUUUUUCUGCCAGAAUCAGGUUUUGACUAAGAGAGGGGGAGAGACAAAUGCAGAGACAUCAUCACUCAGUGGGAAAAGCACAGUAGGUAAGCAAUGGGCCUCACCACCAGAAACAAGAGUGGAUUUUCCUCAGGAGAGGGCAGCAGUUCAUGAUGCCACAACACAUGCUAGUUUAGAGAGUAAAGUCAAGUCAGAAACAAAGGAGAAUGGAGCAGGGAGUGGCCAGAUGGAUUCUGAAAAGGGACAAAGACUAGAAAAUGUGUUUUCCAAUAAUUGGAGGUCAAAAACUUUAAAAGACUGUAGAAUAUUUUUGAGGAAGAUCAACUGUCUUGAACACAGAAAUACUUUUAAGCUAAAUACAAUCAUUUAUUCUCCUGAACCUGUUGACAGUGGAGGUAAUCAGGUGCAAGGAGAAUCAAAGCGUUUUAAUUUAAGAUCCCAUUCAGCAAGGCAAAAUUCCUUUAAAAAGCAAAAUAAAGAGAGAGAAAAUGUCAAAGCAAAUAGUCCUGCAAGUGAUAUACAGACUGAUGAACUUGGCAGUAGUCAGUUAAAUAAGCGUGUUAAUUUUGACAAGAAUCCUGAUAAUUCUGAGGCUCUUAGCAAAUUAAACAAGAGAAAAAGACCACCAUGGAAGACCACAGAAAUGUCAGCUAAAAGACAUAAAGGACAGUCUUGCAACAGUGGACAAAUGGCAAAAUAUUGUACAAAAUCCCAAGUAGAGUACUACAAAUGAAAACUGAUGAGAGAGUGGAUUUGUCUGAUGGGAACACAGCAAGCUGCCCAUUGAGCCCCAUUAAGAUGUGCCUUAAUCAUCCUAUUGAAUGGAAUCUAACAGCAGCAUCU